GCGGCCGGCGCCACGAGGCAGACGCACGCUGGGAGACCGACACUCGCGCACGCAUGCUCCCAUUUUGCAACCACCGCCGGUGACGAAGGGCCCCGCCGCCACCUCCGAGAUGCCGUUCCUCAUGGCGAGUCAGAAGAGUGAGGCCGCCGUGUCCACCUGGGCCGUGCUGGGCGCCGGCGUCCUGACCACCCUGGCUGUGAUGGGCACCUAUCUGACGGUGGCGGUGCACCCCGCCUUCCUGCCGCUGCUCAUCUUGCCGCUGUUCGGCCUUUGCCACGUGCUCGUCUACCCGAAGCGGGCCAAGAGCGGCUUCAUCGGGCCACCAGUCAUCCGCUACGCCAUGCCCGAGGAGUUCCGCUGCACCGUACUGGUGUCCAAGCCGCAGCCCAACUACAAAAGCAUCCCGGUGGAGAAGAGCGUGCGGCCACAGCCCGCACCUGUCCACGUGCGGCCGACGACCAACUGCGCGGCCUACUGCGCGCCCAUUGUGCCGGCCUUCCAGGCGCCGCCGCCAGUCAUCGCCGUCAUGUAGUGCGCCAGGUGACACGCUGGUCCGUGAAUUUGGCGACUCUUUAGGUGCGCUGUUGCCGCGAACUGAACUACUCGCCAGUAGAAUGACGCAAUCUCUUAGUGGUGCAGCCGAACUUCCAGCGCCAAGGGGGCGCGCCUCGGUGCUUGCGUGGUGCGUGGCGGCCGAGUCUGUCGCCCCAGGUGAACUCCAGUUGCCGUACCCUGCGUGGCGCCGACACGCACGUACUCCUGCCCAUGUUUCUCGGGAGGCACACCGUUUGCUAUGCUGUGAUCCAUGUCAUACCAUCGUUCUGUAUAAAGCCUACACCCUGUAAAUACCUAUUUAUGAUGUAAAUAAAGCCACUCCGAGACAUCCUGUACCUAUA